CGCCUCAGCCCCAGUCGCGACCGCCUGGAAAGAGCCCCCCGCCGCUCGCCCCGCUGCCGCCCUCCCGAGCGGUCCCCGCCCGCCCCCUUCAGGCGUCCUCCCUUGAUCCCGACGCAGGGGAAACAUGGCGGCGGGGAGGGAGUGAGCCGCCCCGCGCUGCUUCGCGUCCGCAGAUUUCUCCAUCUUACUAAAGAGAAAUGAUUUCCUAUUUGGUAUAGCUGAUGGUACCAUGCAAAACUCAGAUCCUCGAAAAGAUGGAGAAAUUAACAUACAGAGAAACUGUCUUCUCAGAGGUCAGAGCGAGGUAUUGGUGGAUCCAGGGAUAAAUCCCAAACUUCCUAACACCUUGACCAGUUUUUAGUUCAUUGACUAUGCAGCCUAGUGAAAUAGACUGGAAUGAUGUUAGAAAACACAAAUAUGGUCAUCUAUUGGAGUCUGUAUCCCAACAUCAAGAAGCUACUGACAUCCUGGAGCUAGGUCAUUUUACCUGGGACAAAUACCUAAAAGAAACAUGUUCAGUCCCAGCGCCUGUCCAUUGCUUCAAGCAGUCCUACACACCUCCAAGCAACGAGUUCAAGAUCAGCAUGAACUGGAGGCACAGGACCCCAGGAACACCACAAUCCACCUGUAUCGCCACAGUAGUUGGACUGACGGGUGCCCGUCUCCGCCUUCGCCUUGAUGGCAGUGACAACAAGAAUGACUUCUGGCGGCUGGUUGACUCAGCUGAAAUCCAGCCUAUUGGAAACUGUGAAAAGAAUGGGGGUAUGCUGCAGCCUCCUCUAGGAUUUCGGCUGAAUGCCUCCUCUUGGCCCAUGUUCCUUUUGAAGACGCUAAAUGGAGCAGAAAUGGCUCCCAUCAGGAUUUUCCAUAAGGAACCACCAUCACCUUCCCACAACUUCUUCAAAAUGGGAAUGAAGCUAGAAGCCGUGGACAGGAAGAACCCUCAUUUCAUUUGCCCAGCCACUAUUGGGGAAGAGGGCUCAGAGGUGCUUGUCACUUUUGAUGGGUGGCGAGGAGCCUUUGACUACUGGUGCCGCUUCGACUCCCGCGACAUCUUCCGUGGGUGGUGUUCCUUGACUGGAGACCUACAGCCACCUGGCACUAAAGUUGUGAUUCCAAAGAGUCCCUGUCCUGCAUCUGAUGUGAACACUGAGAAGCCCAGCAUCCACUGCAGCACCAAAACUGACUUGGAGCAUCAACCAGGGCAGAGAGGGCGUAAACCAGGAAAGAAGCGGGGCCGGACACCCAAGCCCCUCAUUCCCCAUCCCAUCGCCACCCCAUCUAAGUCAGCUGAACCUUUGAAAUUCCCAAAGAAGAGGGGUCCCAAACCUGGCAGUAAGAGGAAACCUCGGACUUUGAUGAACCCACCACCCACCUCACCAACAACCAGCACCCCUGAACCGGACACCAGCACUGUACCCCAAGAUGCUGCCACCAUCCCCAGCUCAGCCAUGCAGGCCCCCACAGUUUGUAUUUACUUGAACAAGAACGGCAGCACUGGCCCCCACUUAGAUAAGAAGAAGAUCCAGCAGCUCCCUGACCAUUUCGGGCCAGCCCGCGCCUCUGUGGUGUUGCAGCAGGCUGUCCAGGCUUGCAUCGACUGUGCUUAUCACCAGAAAACUGUCUUCAGCUUCCUCAAACAGGGCCACGGUGGUGAGGUUAUCUCAGCCGUGUUUGACCGUGAACAGCACACCCUCAACCUCCCAGCCGUCAACAGCAUCACCUACGUCCUCCGCUUUCUGGAGAAACUCUGCCACAACCUUCGCAGUGACAAUCUGUUUGGCAACCAGCCCUUUACACAGACUCACUUGUCACUCACCACCACAGAGUACGGCCACAGCCACGACAGGUACCUACCAGGUGAAAACUUUGUCCUGGGGAAUAGUCUGGCCCGGUCCUUGGAGCCACACUCAGACUCAAUGGACUCUACCUUGAAUCCCACCAACCUUGUCAGCACCUCCCAAAAUCUUCGAACCUCUGGGUACCGGCCUUUGCUUCCAUCCUGUGGCCUCCCGCUGAGCACUGCCUCAGCUGUGCGUAGGCUGUGCUCCAGGGGAGUGUUAAAAGGAUCAGAUGGAAGCAGGGAUAUGGGAUCGUUUUGGAAACUAACUCAUUCCCCAGGGUCAGACAGAUACCUAGAAAGCCGGGAUGCCCCUCGACUGAGUGGCAGGGACCCCUCCUCAUGGACAGUCGAGGAUGUGAUGCAGUUUGUUCGGGAAGCUGACCCGCAGCUCGGACCCCACGCUGACCUUUUUCGUAAACACGAGAUUGACGGCAAGGCGCUGCUCCUGCUGCGCAGUGACAUGAUGAUGAAGUACAUGGGUCUGAAGCUGGGGCCCGCGCUCAAGCUCUGCUACCACAUUGACCGGCUGAAGCAGGGCAAGUUCUGAACAGGAAGCACGGCACAGACACCUGAGUGGGGAGCGGAUGGGGCCGGCGACCUUCCCCCAGGAAGCAGCAGGCCCACUCCCGGUGCCUCACUGGGGUUCGGGGCCACCUCAGGACUGCAGGAGGCUGUGCGAGACCCCACUGCUGCCCUCCUGUCAUGACGUGUCCUUCCAUGAAGGGCUGAGAUGGGGGAGUGUGGGGCCCAGGGCUGGCACUACUCUUCCCUCAGCCCUGCCUCUGCUCUGAGGCCCUCUAUUUAUUUCCCGAGCAUGGCGGCCUCUCACCAGAAGUUUAGACUGAACAGCUACCAUGUGAUGGCGGAAGGAGCCAACCCCUGGGCUUCGGAAGAAGGGGCCCUGAAUUGACCCUUGCACCCGGUUCCCUUACCACCUGCUGGGCCUGCUGUGGCGCUGUUGGCCACAGCUCCUGCCUUUUCCUAUGAGUUCCCCAGACUUUAAACUCAUGGUGCAGACCUCUACCUUUUUUAAAAAAGAUCUUUCCUCAUUGCUAAUUUAUUGCUUCUGGCACUGGGGCAAGCCCUUCAGUUCCUACUCCUCUCACCCCAAACCUGGGGCUUUAGGAGGAGAGAGACUGCCCUGCCCUGGUCCCAGAGAGGCGUGGCCCCUCCACAGAGGACGUGGCCCCAGGGCACUUUCUCUUUGGGCUAGGCAGACCCCUAAGGCCUUGACCACAUCACUCAGCGUGGGGAGGAAGGGUCCUUGUUGCCUUGCCCUGUCUCCCUCCACUGGGCCCUUUGCAGCCCCAGCCUGAUCUGCGGGAGUGGGAGUGCCCUGCCCCGCACCGUCCCCGACACAGCUUCCUGCCGUGGCCAGAACCGCUGCAGCAGAAGGUUGCGCUAAUGAUUUUAGGCCAAGAAGGCCCUGAAGUGGGUGGGAGGAAAGGGUCUCCAGGCUGGAGCCUGGCUGCACCCAGGCCACGGUCCACAUGCUUCCUUCAUAAACAGGUCAGCAGCAGCGCUGCCCUGCUGCUAUUGGGACUUAUUUUAUGUCAAUUUGUUUAUAAAUAAAAAACAACAUAGAUGUCA